AUGGAUACCGGUAGAUCGCCGGGUCGGUUCAUGCUGCAUCCUGUCCCUUCGGUGCAGACUCUGAACUUUACUCCUAGAGGAAAUGGCGCUAUUUCUCCCAGCUCAUACAGCUUUGCUGAUGAGAUUAAUAAUUUCACUCCUGGCCUGCAGGAAUCGGAAAUACUACAGGGCGACAAGAGCAGUUCUGAGCGACAUGAUUCCAGCUUAAGGAGAACCCCGAGGGGGUUUUCUGGAAGUAGAAAAGGCGGCAGAAGUAAGGGGCAAAGAACGAAAGUCAGCAGAGCGUGCGACGCUUGUAAACAAAAGAGGACACGUUGUUCGGGAGACCAACCAUGUGUUCGUUGCAGACAUCUGCACAUUUCCUGUGACUACUUUGCCAUCUACACCAGGGGUCGCCUACCCGCUGUACCAACGGCUUCGGUGGCUGCUCAGAGCGAGGUCCACCUCAGUCCACAGGAUGGAUUGAAUAAUGUCACUUCUAUGCCGAACCAAGGCCCAGUCAUUUCAACACAGCCCCGACAACAUGUGGAUAAAUCAGAUGAGCACUCUAAUUCUGGACACGCAGCACCCAUCUCGUCACGAAACUCGCCAGUUCCCAGUACAAACAUUGGUGGCCAAUAUCAUGGACCUUCUUCUCCGAUUACCUUCUUGGAGAGAGCCUGGAAGAGGCUUAGGGAGAAUCACGCUUCGAGCAUGCCAAAGACUCUGGACAAGGAGAUGUCUGCCGACCAGCCUAUCUUGGUUACCGACAAUGGGCAUGAGCUGCGUCUAUCAGACGAGCUUUUCCAAAUGCCAUCAAAGUCUCAAGCGUACGAAUUAGUUGGGAGGUAUUUCGAAAUCUCUACUCCUUUUUUCCAGUUUCUCCACCGUGCUACAGUGACGAGCUCGAUUGAAUCACUUUACCAGAGAGGAGACGGGCAACAAACUACCGCAGACGCCAUAUCUCAAAGUCAAGUGACACUCUUGCUGAUGAUCUUUGCCGUGGCUACUUUCGACCAAACUUCUUAUCAUUACCUCACUGACAUUUCGAAAUUCAGUGAACAGUUCCUCGAGGCUGCGCAAAGACGGUUACAGAGAGAAGGUGGUGCCCCAACUCUUGAUUCAGUCCAGGCGAGACUUGUCGAAUGUUUAUACCUGUUGUCAACACGGCACGCAAAUGAAGUCUACUCGAAGUUCGGAACCACGGUCGCGUUGAUUAUAACCCUAGGCCUACAUCGUCGGAAGCGCUCCGGGGGUUACAGAUCGGAAAUCGGAGCUGUUGAGCAUGAGUGCCGUAAACGAGCUUUCUGGGUUGCCUAUGUCCUAGACAGAUAUCUCAGUGUCAUGGGCGGCCGUCCGCGGACUCUCCAAGAUUUCGAUACCGAUCAGGACUUCCCGGCAAGGGUGCAUGACGAUGAAUUGACCUUCGAAGGAAUAAAGCCUAGGAGUGGUUAUUUUGACUGUGAUAUGGACGCACCAAUCAUGCACAUAAAGCUUGCCCGGAUCAGCGCCCAAAGCUCUGCCCAGGUCUAUCCCCUACGACGAAUAACUCAAGACGAACGACUUUUACAGGCCCAACGAAUCGCUGCGCAUCUGUCAGCAUGGAAGGGCGAGUUGCCGCCGUUCCUCGGUAUCAUUCCUGCUUCAAGUCUGAUCCCCAAAUUUCAACGGCAAUCUAUCAUCCUACGCUUAGCGCAUGCGCAUGCUGCUAUUCACGCCAACAGGCCGUUCCUUUUGAGUAACUUCGCAAAUGCCUCCAACCCGCCUCAAUUAUCACCAAAAGGCGUGGAUUACAUCUCCGAGUGUGUCUCCGCAGCUCGCAGUGUUGUGGAGAUUCUGGAGCAUUUCGAUGGCAAUGGCAUACCUUUCCAUUCCUGGUGGUUCACUCAGUACGUCUCUUUCUGUGCUGUAGCAGUCAUCUACAUCUACACAAUACAACAACACCAGAUGUUGGUAUCCACGCCUACGGCCAUCAUUUCGGAGGAUACAUCUUUUCGGCCAUCAUUCCUAGUCUCGUGCAGAGAAAGAGAUUGGUUCGCCGUUGCAGAAAGCUGCCAGCAGAGGCUCGCAGCUGCUGCCAGGGAAAAUUCGCCAGGAAAGAGGUAUGCCAUCGUCUUGGAGGAAUUGCGGCAGGAAACGUGCCGCCAUCGAUCAACGCCAAGAUUGGUCUGUGGUGAACUAGACAUUGUUUCGCGGAGGGUUGAACAAUCUCUUCGGCAGCCCGCAAUGCAAGAUGGCUGGAUGGGAGAAACCGAUACAGAUUUUACGCAUAUAUUUGAUGAUCUGGGCGCAAUUGAUUGGGUUGCGCAUUUAUACCACCAGCAGGAAGAACACCUCCUUGAUGCUCAGCGCGACGUAGAUGGAACAAACUCUUGA